AUGUGUGGUAGAAAAUAUGUGCAUCCUCUUGGCACUCUCAGUUCCACACUUCCCCUAGUCCUUGUCCUCUGCUCCCUUGUUCAUGCAUCUUCAUUAGGUGCUACGGCACUCCAAAAUGAUUCUAACACCGACCUCCAUGCUCUCCGCUGCCUCAAACUCCAUCUCACCAGCUCUGCUGGACUCCUAGCCUCCUGGGAAAAUGACUCGCUGCCGUUCUGCGGUUGGUCCGGUGUUACUUGCAGCAAGAGACACGCAUCUCGUGUCGUUGCACUGGACCUCGAGUCACUUGACCUCAGUGGACAGAUACCGUCUUGUGUAAGCAAUCUCACUUUCCUCAGGAGAAUCCACAUCCCAAACAAUCAACUUACUGGCCAAAUACCACCUGAACUUGGCCGUCUAAAUAGGCUGCGGUACCUUAACCUCAGCACAAAUCAUCUUAGUGGCACGAUCCCGAGCACUCUGUCUUCAUGCUUUCGCCUUCAAAUUAUUGAUCUUGGGAGUAACUCCCUUCAUGGUGAGAUCCCCCAAACCCUGAGCGGAUGUUCACAUAUCCAACAGCUCAACUUGGGUCACAACAUGCUUAGAGGAGGUAUCCCACAAGGGUUGGGGAUGCUCCGCAACCUUUCCGUUUUGGAUCUUGCUAGCAAUAGUCUGACGGGCAACAUUCCACUUUCACUUGGAAGCAGCUCUUAUCUUCAUUCUGUUGUUCUCACAAACAAUAGCCUCACAGGACCUAUCCCGCCUCAUCUAGCUAAUAGUUCAUCACUUCAACUUUUAUCCUUGACAAGAAAUAGCCUGGGUGGAGAGAUUCCUUCUGCGCUGUUUAACAGCACGUCACUUCAAAAGUUAUCCCUAGGACUGAACAAUUUUGUCGGGUCCAUACCAGCUUCGUCGAACAUUGAUUCACCCUUACAAUACCUUAUCUUGCAAUCAAAUAAUCUUUCUGGCACCAUACCUCCUUCUUUAGGGAAUUUUUCUUCCCUUCGCCGGCUCUCGCUAGCAGAUAAUAAUUUCCAAGGUAGAAUCCCGAUGAGUAUAGGCAAUAUUCCGUACCUGCAAGUACUAGAUCUCACUUAUAACUUCUUGUCAGGGACUGUCCCUGGCACUCUCUACAACAUGUCAGCACUUACAUACCUUGGCAUGGGUACAAACAUACUUGUAGGGGAAAUUCCAUAUAACAUCGGGUAUACCCUUCCAAAUAUCCAGACUUUGAUUAUGCAAGGAAACCAAUUCCAAGGCCAAAUCCCCACUUCACUAGCCAACACAACCAAUCUUCAGAUGAUCGACCUCCGAGAGAAUCAAUUCCAUGGUGUUGUUCCUUCUCUUGGAACUCUUACUGGUCUAGUCGAUCUAGAUCUAGGUGGGAAUCAACUUGAAGCAGGAGAUUGGUCUUUCUUAUCCUCAUUGAGCAAUUGCACACAACUGAUGAAGUUGCGUUUGGAUGAAAAUAACCUUCAGGGUGUCUUGCCCAAGUCCAUUGGAAGCCUUUCAAAAAGCUUAGGGUUACUGCUAUUGAGAUCAAAUAAAAUAUCUGGCAUUAUACCACACGAGAUACAGUACUUGACAAGCCUCGAACUUCUUUACAUGGACCAGAAUUUGCUUACUGGAUAUAUUCCCGAAUCACUUGGAAAUCUUCCAAACUUAUUUGUCUUAAGCUUGUUCAAGAACAAACUUUCCGGAUCAAUUCCGCUUUCUGUUGGUAAUCUGAGUCAACUGAGUGAGCUCUAUUUACAGGAAAAUAAUUUGAGUGGUCCUAUCCCAGGAGCUUUAGCAGGCUGCAAAAAGUUGGAACAACUGAACCUCUCUUGUAACAGCUUUGAUGGAAGAAUACCAAAGGAGCUCUUUACUCUUAUCUCCCUUUCCCAGUGUCUGGACUUGUCUCACAACCAACUCUCUGGACAGAUACCUCUGGAGAUUGGCAAUCUGAAAAAUCUUGGGCCACUAAAUAUUUCCCAUAAUCAAUUGUCUGGACAAAUACCCCCCACUCUAGGUCAGUGCGUCCAUUUGGAGUCCCUCCACAUGGAGUGUAACCUCUUUCAUGGGAAAAUCCCUCACUCCUUCAAAAGUUUGGGAGGAAUCAUUGAGAUGGAUCUAUCUCAAAACAACUUAUCUGGUGAAAUCCCUGACUUCUUUAAGUUCUUUAAGUCUAUGAAGCUUCUCAAUUUGUCCUUCAAUAACCUCGAGGGUCCAGUACCAUCAGAUGGGAUAUUUCAGAAUGGAAGCAAGGUUUUCAUUCAAGGGAACGUGAAGUUAUGUACCAGCAUUCCAUUGCUACAGCUGCCAUUUUGCAAUGCAGAGGCAUCCAAACAAAGGAAUGUAUCCAGCAUUUUCAAGAUAGUAGGAUUUACAGUUCUCUCCUUGGUCCUGUUAUCAUGCUUUGCAACCAUUAUUUUGAAGAAGAAAAAGAAACUCAAACAAGAAGCUCAUCCAUCCUGCAAAGAGUUGAAGAAGUUCACAUAUGCAAAUUUAGUGAGAGCAACAAAUGGUUUCUCACCAGAUAACUUGGUCGGUUCAGGAAAAUAUGGGUCUGUGUACAGAGGUAGAAUUGAAUCUGAAGAACAUGAAGUUGCCAUCAAAGUUUUCAAACUCAAUCAACUCGGAGCACCAAAAAGCUUCAUUGUUGAGUGUGAAGCAUUGAGAAAUACUCGUCACAGGAAUCUUAUAAGGGUGAUUACUGCAUGCUCAACGAUUGAUCCAACAGGACAUGAUUUCAAAGCUAUUGUUCUUGAAUAUAGUGUUAACGGCGACCUGGGAAGUUGGCUCCAUCCAACAGUCCAUGAGGAUGGUCAGAGAAGGCCAUUGAGUUUCGGUACAAGAAUAGUAAUAGCAGUGGACAUAGCUGCAGCUUUGGAUUACCUCCAUAACCAAUGUGUGCCUCCUAUGGCACACUGCGAUCUGAAGCCUAGCAAUGUCCUUUUGGAUGAUUUCAUGGGCGCACGUGUUGGCGAUUUCGGGUUGGCUAAGUUCCUGCAUAGUUACAAUUCUUCGGACAUUCAUACUUCUACAAGCUUAGUGGGGCCAAGAGGAUCAGUUGGAUACAUUGCCCCAGAAUAUGGCUUUGGGAGCAAAAUCUCCACUGAGGGCGAUGUAUUUAGCUAUGGAGUCAUCAUCUUAGAAAUGCUAACAGGAAAGCGUCCAACUGAUGAGAUGUUUAAAGAUGGCCUGAGCCUUUACAAAUUUGUUGAAAAAUCAUUUCCUCAAAAGAUUGAGGAGAUUCUAGACCCUAGAAUAGUUCCAGGUUAUAGAAAUGAAGGUGAGGAUGCAGGCGGUGAUUUAGACCGGGAAGCUCAUCCAAUGGUUGCAAUGAACUGCAUCAUAAAGCUCAUUGAGCUUGGGUUGUUGUGCUCUGCGGAGACACCUAAAGAUCGGCCAACUAUACAGCACAUAUACAACGAAGUUAUCACAAUCAAAGAAUCAUUCUCAGCAUUGCAGAGCUGA